CCCUUUAGAUUUUGUAUUUAGUUUUCAGAAAGCAAAAAACAAAGAGAGAAAUGGAAACCAACAAUGAAGGUCUCCUUAAACCCUUCUUCCAAAGAGCUUCUGAAGCUGAGGAUCGAUUGUCAAGGAUUGAGGCUGCCCUUGCAACUAAAAAAGGUAACUUCAUAGGUACUGCUGAUGAUCAAGAUGAGCAACUUAUGAAAACAAGUAGUGAACUCUACGCAGAGGCUAACAAGCUUGCUGCGGAAAACGGAAAGCUUGCUGCGGAAAACAGAAAGCUUGCUGCGGAAAAUGGGAAGCUGCAGUAUCAGAUUUCACAUCUUGUCAGGGCAGUUCGGGACAGUAACAGCAAGUUGGAGGCCUUGAGAGAUUCAGAACAAAAAGCACAAACCACCGCAAAGUUGGAGGAUCUACGAUUAUGAAGCGGCAACCAUAAGAUGCAAUCUACUAAAUUUUUUUAACAUGAUGAAACAAUUGGAAAUAUUUUAGUUUGGUAUCAACUAGGGUUCAAGUGUAUGGAAUUUUCUGAGAAAGAGGUCAUUUCAGUCUACAAACAUACAUGGCGGGAUUAUUUAGAUUUGAUUUUACUGAGAAAUGUUUAAUUUCAUAUAAAAUGGAUUCAAAUUUUGUUA